GCUGUCUUUCAAACUGCACCCACGGUCAUGGGUCCCUGAUUGUUGUUCUUAUGUGAUGCGGAAUGUGAAUUGAGAUGAACUGCCGUUUCGACCUCAUAAGGGACAUAGAUCAAUCAGUCAUCAAGAAAAUUGUUAUGCUGUUGAUAUAAUUUGUAACAUAGUUACCUGAUUUGCUAGACUGUCUUUCAAACUGCACCCAUGGUCAUGGGUCCCCGAUUGUUGUUCUUAUGUGAUGCGGAAUGUGAACUGAGAUGAACUGCCGUUUCGACCUCAUAAGAAUGAAAGGAGUUUCAAUCUCUUCAAAUCCCAAUGAAGCAGCUCUCAAAGAGCUGCUUGAUGCCUUUGGUUCGAAGUUUUCUCUUGAGGACAUAGCUACUGCUUAUUAUGAGGCAAAAGGGAAUGUCAGCAUUACUGCCGAUAUUCUUUAUGCAAGAAAUAAUGGAAGGACUUCGAAAGAAGCAAUUGAUACUUAUGAAAAUAAGUCUGCUGGUGCAAAUACAACAUCCGUGAAAUUGUUGUCUGGAUGGGAAAGUGAAACUGCAGCGUCUCCAAAAUAUACAUCUUCCAAUCUCAGCAGUGAAGCAUUAAAGUCAAAAAGAGGUUCUGUAUCAAUGGGCAGUGUUUCCAGUCUGAUAGGGAAAAACUAUGUUAAACCAAGGCCAUCAAGAAUGGACUCCCCCGAUACUACCAAACCAGUGAAAAUUGAUUCAAAGGAAUUCCCGGCAUCUUUGAUAUGGAAUGAAGAAGCUCCAUCAUGCAGGACAACUAGGAACAACACCACAAAUGGUGAUCUUGAGAAAUUUCUGUUUGAGAUGCUAGGAGAUGGAUUUCAACUCGACAAGUCCGUAAUUCAAGAAGUACUUGAUUGUUGUGGAUUUGAUGUGGACAAGAGCAUGGACAAACUUCUUGACAUGUCAGCUUCAACUCUAGAGAAAUCUGAUGAUGUUAUUGGUAUAGCUGCUGAAAAGAUCACAGGGAAUUGUCUGGACCAAACCUUUUUAAUCCGAGAAAAACUGCAAUCCAAAGAAUUUUCUCAAAGCACCCUUUGCAGUGAAGAAGCUACACCUAUGAUAAGAAAUUCUAAAAGAUCUCCAAGAGGAAACCAAGAUAAAGCCGCACUGGAGAAAGAAAUCUUGCAAGCCUUGUUCACUGUCCCUGAAAGAUCCGGGGAAGAAACAAAAGGAAAUAAUGCAGUUAGGGAGAUAAGGAGAUCAAUGGCACUUGGUGAAUUGGUGACCGAACCUCUCAAGGACACAGACAUCAGUUUUCCAACUGUAGUAGAAAUGCUGAAAGUUCCGAAAGAUGUGGAAGAUGGGCCUGAUGACAAUGAGAUUACUUAUGAUUCCUUACGUCAAGCUGUGAAGGAGUAUUGGGUGACUAUGAAAGAAUACUAUAAAUCUGCUGCUGAAGCAUAUACUAGCGGUGAUAAGGCACGAGCAACCGAACUCAUGGAGCUAGGACACUUUUUUAACAAAAGGGCCCGAGAGGCAGAUGAAAAAUCGUCUGCAAAGAUGCUUGAAUCCAGUUGCAGUGAAGAAGAAAUUAUGUCUCUUGACUUGCGUGACUUCGAACCGAAGGAAGCUCUUAGUCUUCUCCGAACCCACUUAUUAUCUAUUUCUGGCAUCCCUACUUUUAAGUAUCUAAGGAUUAUAGUGGGAACCAUUGAAGAAGAUACUAAAAAGGGAGCUCGAAGACGACUGAUAAUGAGACAGCUGGAGAAGGAAUCCAUUAAAUGGACGGAAGAAGAGAAUGGCCGGAUAAUAUUGAUUCAAGUUGAUGUAAUCAACCCGAAGAACCUGAGUUUCGCAAAGAAGAAUCAGACAAAUCUGGGAUCCUCCUAAACAAAAAGUUCAAAUCAUUUCAAGCUUUUAGCAACACAGGGAAAAACUACAGCAGUAACCAAUGAAGAAGAUCGAACACCUGAAGAAACAUAAAGACAAAAACUUGCCAUUGGUUUUUUUUGUUUUCAUUUAAAUUCCAAAUAAAAUUGACAUUUUUGAACUUUUAGACUGUUCUUGUUCCUUUUGUCGUGAGCAUGAUGAUAGAAACUGGGUUGUCUGCUUCCUCAGAAAAUAGCAAUGUUUUCAUGUUAAUUCAAGGUGAUUCUUCAUGUGCUUACUAUUUUAA